AUGUCCAAAUUUUAAUAAGAUGGUAUAACCAUCUGUUUACUGGGAGGGUUCCAGAAGUGGCCUUCCAGUGCUCAACAUUCCUUCACUCCUCACAAAUGUGGAUUAAGGGUAUAAAAUUUGAGAUGACUAUUUUCAAGAUUGUUAAAUAAUUUACAUCGCAUUAUAAGGAUUAUUUAUAGAAAUUCAAUGGCAAACCUAUAUAAAUGCCUGUGAGAAUUCUUACUUCUCCAAAAGAAGGUAAUAAUAGUUAAAAUUGGAUAGGAAAAUAUAAUGAUGGUUAUGACAAUGCAAAUCAUGAUCUCAUUAUCAGAUAAUAUGACAAAUUAUACAACAGCAAAAAGAAUAUGUAAGUUAUGUGAGAUCUAUUGUUAAGAACAUAUAUUUGUGAAGCUCUCCUAGGUGCAGGAACAUUUGGCUAAGUGAUCAAAUGUAGUAUAGAAGGAACAAAAUAAUAAGUAGCAAUCAAGGUAUCAAUUAUGAGAAUAAAUAGAUAAUAAAAAAUUAACAUGCAUUUCAUUAAUAAUAAAAAAUAGAAAUUCGUGUUUUAAGAACUCUAUAGACUUUCUCUAAAGAAUAAAAUAUUUAAAAAAAUUGUAUAAUACAACUAAAUGAUUAAUUUUUACACAAGAAGCAUGCAUGCCUAGUUUUCCCUUUGAUGGCAUAAAAUUUGCUUGAAGUGAUGAAAGCUAAUAAAUAUGAAGGAUUUAGUGUGUCACUAGUCCGAAAAUUUCUCAAUUAAAUAGUAACAGGAUUAUAAGUUUCAGAACAAUGUGGAGUUGUUCAUGCAGAUUUAAAACCUGAAAAUAUAAUGAUAGAAUAAAAAUAACCUAUUUUAGAUGAUUGUUCUCUUUAAAUUAUAGAUUUUGGAUCAAGUUGUUUUAUGAAUGAGAAACACCCAUAUAUUUAUAUUUAAAGUAGAUUCUAUAGAGCUCCAGAAAUUAUUUUAGAGAAUAGCAAUUAUAAUAGUAAAAAUAUUUUAUAACAUAAAUUAUUAGCUAAAAUUGAUAUUUGGAGUUUAGGUUGUAUUGCUGUAGAAUUAUUAUUUGGUAGUCCACUUUUUCCAUGUUGGGACUAAUAUUCUUGUUUGGAAAGAAUCAUUCAAGUUACAAGUCCUAUAAUAUGUAAUAGAAUAUAAUAUUAUUAUUUUAGCUAUGUAAGGUUAUGUUAAGAAUGCUCCUGCUUCCAAAAAAUACUUUAACUUACUUCAAAAUAAUACUUUUUAACUAAAAUCCAGAGAGCAAUUCACAAAAGAAUUUCCUUAAAUUUAAACCAAAGAAGGUUAUAAUGCAACACAUCCAAUAAAGAAACUUACAGAUCUAGCUUAAUAUUAUAAUUAAUAAUCUACAAAAGGUAUUAUUAUAUAUAUAUAUAUUUAUUUUAUAGAUUAACCAACAUUUUAUUAAUUUCUAGAUUUCGUGUAAAAAUGUCUUGAAUGGGAACCAACUGCUAGGAUGUCUGCCUAGGAUGCUAGUUAACACCCAUUUUUGACAGGAGAAAACUAAAUAGACUUCAUUUUUGAUAUUGAGGACUUGUUUGCAAAAUUGGAUACUUAAUCUAAUUAAAGUAGUACUUCCUCUUUUUAUGAAGACCAACCAGAGUUCUGAGAUAUUUCCAUUCCUCAGAUUAAAAUGUUCAUUCAAAUAAACAAUAAGAAAAAAAAAAAAAAAAUUUCCAUUUGAAUGAUGUUUUAAUCAUUAAGAGGCA